AUGCUCAUGCUACACAUUCAACCAACGACCGUUUUGUUGCCACUGAAAGUACCAGACGUAGUGCUUCAGUUCUUCGAGGAGCAUCAAAGUAUUGUGGACCGAGGAUCUGAAAGGGACAACUACAUUCUACGGCAUCUCGGCUCAACUGAAUUCAGCCACGCUGCUGCCAUGGAUAGGUUAGCGAAUCUACCGAUCGCCACAUCAGAACAUGCCCUGGUGACGAAUGCCGGCUUCGGUUUCUCCAAUCAUGGCUUACAAGAUGCACGGGAGGAAAGUCAAGAAUUCAAGACGAUACGUCUCGGGUCUUUUGUAGACCUAGAGAGCGUUAUAUCAAUUGGCUGUGCCGGUGCCGUGCUAUGCGAGACUAUGCGAAUCCAGAAUGUCGGACGAGCGCCAGAAGAUACAGAGAGAAAUAUCGGGUUGUCACUGCAGAAAUUUGCUUUGGCGGACUUCAUGUUCGUCAACGCUGACACGCUCUCCUCCCUUCAGGUAUUCCAGUCAGAAUUACACCCGAGCAACCUGAUAUCAGGCACGGGAAAGACAGCCUCCGGUUCAAAAGAGAGCCUAUCUCUGUUCGGACUCUUCCAUCCGCUCGCUGGUACCCCUCAGGGCAAGGCGAGGCUUAGACAACUCUUCUUGCGGCCGCUGGUCAACAUCGACAUGAUCCGGGAGAGGCAAGAAACCAUAGCAGUAUUCUUGCAGCCGGGAAAUCAAGAGGCAUUUACGAGCAUAUCCCAGAGAUUGCGAAAGGUCACCGACAUCAAGAAAACUCUGGCUCGGUUGCAAAGAGGCGCAGCGGAAUCUCCGGCUGGCUGUGCUUCAAUUGAGCGUGGUGUCUGGUGGACAUUGACUCGUUUUUCACUCCAUGUGCUGCGGCUCAGAGACGCCAUACUUCAACUGCGAAAUGCCAACGGCCUUGUCAUCAUACGAAAGACGGUGCAGGCCUUCGCUGUAGACGCACUAACGGCAAUUAUUGAUCUGAUAGGAAAUGUUGUCGAUUUCGAAGAAACCAAAGCAAACUCACGCAUUGCUGUGAGAUUGCACGUCAACGCUGAGCUCGAUGACUUGAAGCAGACAUACCAAGGGUUGGAAUCCCUGUUGAAUGAGGUUAGCACAGCGUUGUCCCUGGAGCUCCCGACGUGGGCUCGCAAAUUUGUCACCGGCUGUGUCUUUUGGCCGCAACUGGGCUUCCUCACUGUCGUCCCUUUGCUCGAGGGCAACAAGGCAGGCUACGAAGGCCAAGGACUGUCUAACGAUCAUUGGGAGCAAAGAUUCACCGCGAAUGACAAUGUCUACUUCAAAAACAACCUCAUGCUGGAGUUGGAUGGUCACUUCGGUGACACUUACAGCAGGAUUGUUGACCUCGAGGUUGAUAUCUUACAUGGCUUAGCCUGCAAUAUCCUCGAACACGAGGCUAUCCUCAGUCGUGUAUCUGAGGUUUGUGGUGAGCUCGACUGCCUUGUGGCCCUUGCAAGCGGAGCACUCAAAUAUGGCUGGGCAUGUCCAACUAUGACAGAAGACAACAUUGUCUCAAUCUACGAAGGACGCCACCCUCUUCAAGAGCUGGCAGUACCUGCUUUCAUCUCCAACGACUGCGAUCUCAUCGGUGGCUCAGGCGAUGACUCAAGCAGAAGACGGGCAUUGCCUCCAGAGAACGACAUGAACGCCAGCACGCUCAUUAUAACAGGGCCAAAUCAUUCGGGAAAGAGCGUAUAUGUCAAACAAGUUGCACUCGUUGUCUACCUUGCCCAUAUAGGCAGCUUCGUGCCUGCUACUGGCGCUACGGUUGGUCUCACGGACCAAAUAUUAACCCGAAUUUCGACGCGGGAAAGUGUAUCGCAAGCGGAGAGUGCCUUCGGUACCGAUUUGAGGCAAGUAGCAUUUCUGCUGAAUUGUGCCACUCGUCGUACGCUCGUGGCAAUCGACGAAUUUGGCAAAGGAACGGCAGCUGAUGAUGGAGCCGGGCUGAUGACUGCCCUCAUUGACCAUUUCAGCAACCUCGGUUCACAGUCUCCCAAAGUUCUGGUCACAACGCACUACCAUGAGAUAUUCGAAGGCGGUUAUCUUCAGGAGCGACCAGGGCUAUCGCUUGCGCACAUGGAGGUCCGUCUUGACAUCGACGCGGGUCAGAUGGAAGACCAAGUUAUUUUUCUUCACCGCCUAGUUUCCGGAAGGAGCACAUCAAGCUUUGGGAGCAGAUGUGCGGCGCUGAAUGGCAUUGAUACCGCGGUCGUUGAGCGAGCCGAGGCGAUUGUUCUGCUCCUAGCACGAAAUGAAGACCUUGGGGCAGCGUGUGCUAGGUUAGAUGCCGAAGACGAAGCUCGACUUGAGGAGGCUGAGAAUGUCGCCCGAAACUUUCUUCAAGUCUGCCUAAAGGGGCCUGGAGACUCUCAUUCUAGACGGCGAGGCAGUGCGUCUACAAUGGACAUGUUGCGGAACCUCCUGACAUCGGCCGUCGUUGAGUGA